AUGCAAAUCAUCUUGCAAGCGAGAUCGCCCACCAACUCGGGAUUGUCUUAUGUAAGCUUGAGCUUCCAGGUAGGAGUUGCCCACCGCGUGGCAACCAAUGUAUUCGACAACCUGGCGCGCAAGACGUGGCGGAGUCUGCUUCAACUCGCCCGCGUCGAUGAGAAAGUGAAGCCGCAACACCUGAAUCGACCCUCCUGGCCAGGACGCUGGUUGCCUGCUCUCCGAGCUUCUGCACGAGCUGGUUUGGCCAGCUUUCGUUACGCCUUCUUCCCUACCGUCCGCCAGCGAGCCCAGAACUCCAUCUAUCGCUAUCUCGUGGCACGCUCCAUCCGCAAGCAGAACCGCGCGACCCGAGUAUCAGCAGCGCCACGACUGGGGCCGGGGAGGCGCGUCCUGCCAUCACGACGACCUCAGUCGAACGAUGGGGUUGGUUCUGAGGUGGACACAGGCACCAACAGAAGUGGUAACAUGGCCUUCUCGGGAUCCAGAACCGACCUGUCUCUCACAGAGUCCCUGGGGCUGCGAUCAGAGGGCAGAGAGCCGGGCGCGAGGAGGAAGAAGCUAGCCGGAUACCUGAAGACUGCCAAUGACCUCCGACAGAGCUACUUCGCCCAGGAUGGCGCUGGGGCACGUGAGAGUCAUAUGGUAGAGGACGGGCCAGGCUCGUUUCCUGACGCCGCCGUAGUCCGGAGUGGCAAUGAAGAGCUGAUACUCUUUCCGAGCUAUGCCAGGAAGCAUGUGAAAAGUAAGAACCAGCAAGUGGCUUCUCCCGGGCGGGAAAUGACCGAAGAGGAGUACUGGAGACGGGAAUGGGAUAGAAACGAGGACGUCAACGCUAUAGUCGAUGUUGAUGUGCGCGGCUGGAUCUAUACACCUGCCAGGGGGCAGCACACGCGAAAGCAGAGGAUGGUGAUCGGGUUGGCACGACAGCUCUCUGGGAUUCCCGCGCCAGCUGCUAGCACGAGACCUGGUGAUACUGGCUAUGCGAGCCAGGUACCUAGCCGCGCAUCGAGUCCUACCAAAAAGCAGGACGAAGACCUUAUAGCUCUCGAGGCGGAUAACAUCAUUCGCAAGGGCAACCGCGAAGAGCGUUAUGCGGAAAAGGGUGCAUUUUCGGAGCAGCCUAGUAAGGCCACGGACAAUGACAGCCUGUACGGUGAUGUUCCCAGCAGAGGUCGACCAAUCUCGUCGUAUGCCAGCAGCAUCACAUCUCAAGACUCAGAUUCUCCAGCGCCAGCCCCGAUCCAGAAACGGCAGUCCUGGUCGCAGCCCGGGAAGAUGACAUCCGCAGAACUGGCUGUCGCGAAUGCGCAUUUGCUCGCUCGUCUCAGGCCUUUCAUGGCAAAUCCUCUUGCGAACAGCCCAAUCAGCGCGUUCUUCUACAACGAGGAAGUCUCCAGGCAGCAGACGGUAUACACCGAUGCCUCCGGACAUUUCAGCUUUCGGGCAGCAUUAGAUUUCGUCCCUACUCACGUUCGCGUUCUUGCCUCUGAAAAGCUGUCCGCGACAGAAGAAGUGCACGUCACAUCUCCAGAUGGGGUCAGCCUGAUCAGUGAUAUAGACGACACGAUCAAGCACUCUGCUAUCAGUGCAGGUGCUCGGGAGAUUUUUCGGAAUGCCUUCAUUCGCGAAUUACACGAUCUCACGAUUGACGGAGUACGGGAGUGGUACCAGACGCUGGCCGAUAUGGGCGUCAAAAUCCACUACGUGUCCAACUCGCCCUGGCAGAUGUACCCAGUCUUGACUAGUUACUUCAAGCUGGCGGGCCUGCCCAGAGGUUCGUUCCACCUGAAGCAGUACUCAGGUAUGCUACAAGGAAUCUUUGAGCCAGCUGCGGAGCGCAAGAAAGGCUCGCUCGAGAAAAUCAUGCGAGACUUUCCGGAGCGAAAAUUCGUGUUGGUUGGUGACAGUGGAGAGGCAGAUCUCGAAGUGUACUCCGAAGUUGCGCUGGCGAAUCCUGGCAGGGUGCUAGGUAUCUUCAUCCGGGACGUCACCACUUCCGCGAAAACGGGCUAUUUCGACUCGAGCAGCCCUGGUGGAAGCGGAAAGCAUUCUCGGAAUCACUCGAGACACAUGAGUGGAGAGAGUUUGACUCAGUCUCGCAGACUUUCUCGCCCACAUGAUAUCAAGGACGACGAUGCCGAGCUCCAGGCAGCCAUUGCCGCUUCGCUCGAGGACAUGGAGGAAGAGACUCGCCGUGCGCGAAAGUCCAUCAAUCCAGAUGCGAUACCGGAUGAUUAUCUGUCUAAGAGCAGGGCUAAUAGUGCGCCGAAUCCUCGCCAAAAUGUUCGUCCGCCGGCGCAACGCACAGUCAGUAGGAGCAGUCAUGUUGCCUCUCCUGAAGAAGACCUGAUCGACUUCUCUGACCAUGCACCCGCCAAGCCUUGGUCAGAGGCAAGAACCAUCACACCACCUACGCACAAAAGCUCGAGGGACACGCUGUCCGAUAACAGACCUGUAGCAUCGCCGCCGCCACCUCCAAAACCUGCCGGGCUUAAGAGUCCACCUCCUGAGUCACAAGUCAUGACCGUCUCCACGAGCUCUCGGAAGUUGCCACCACCAAGACCACGGAAGCCGUCGAGUGCUGUUGGUUCUGCCAACCUGCCGCAGAUGCAAACGCAUCAACCAUCGCCACUCUCACAGGUGCAGCGGCAAGAGUCGACAAAAAAGCCGCCGCCUCCACUACCGGACAGGCGCAAGGUCAAGGGCACCAUCGCUAAAGCAAUGCCCAUGCCUGGAUUGUAUCGCCCAGUUGACGCUGUCUCCGCUUCGACCAACGCCAAGGGCACAGGAGCUGUUGGGUCCCCACUCGUCCGCGCAACGACAAUGAAUAAGUCAUUCGAAGAUAUGAGCCUCCCUGCUUCAUCGAUGAAUCGUCCCAUGGCUCCUCCUCCCCCGCCCCAACGCCAAGGCACGCAUCUCAGUACCUACUCCACCACCUCCCGUCAAAAACAGAACAAUCGCAUGUCUGGUGCGUGGCCUGAUGAUGAUGGACUGCCGGGCAGUCCAGGCGAUGGCAUGAGUAAGAAAGAAUACUUAUGGCAGCAAAGGUGGCAAAGAGCAAAGAUUGUGCUCGAAAGGAAUGGAGUGACGUUACGGACAUGGAAGAUUGGAAGCGAUGUCGCGGACGUCUGUGUCAAGCUUGUGGAACAGGAAAUGAGGAAGAUUGAGAAGGAAGCGAAAAGAGACAGGAUAUGACCCUCGAGACUUGCGUAAUACCACGUUAUAGAUUUGCAGCCUGAGUAACUACAGCAUCACUGCUACCUCCGGUCAUACUUCAUGGCUCCAGCGUCAUCAAUUACGGCUGCAUACCAUUUCGAUUGGACAGAGGGAGGCAUACUUGUGCUUCAAAAGAGUAAGAAAACUCAAAGGUGGACAUCGUGCCUAUCAGUUGGCCGACCAAUCAUUUGUCUUGAAUCCUACCUAUCUCCCCACCCUAGUACACCACCUAUGGAUUGACAUACACCUGUGAGCAUGUCUACUCUUCUCUCCGUGAAGACAAGCGCAAAUAAUCCACAGUCCAGGUCUCAUCUCUAGACAAGACGAAAAUCUAUCCCGAAAGAAGAUUAAAAGAAUACAAGCCGAAAAAACAACAAAUACCUUCACCCAUCAUCCAUCAUCAUCAACAUCAUCAUCAUCAUCCCCAACAACAACGACAACAACAACAAGAAGAAGAACAACAAAACCAAGAAAAGAAAAAAACCAUGUCCUCGACCAAAUUCCAAGGCAAAACCUGCCUCAUCACCGGCGCCGCCUCCGGAAUCGGCCGAGCAACCGCCAUCAAAAUGGCCUCGAUGGGAGCCACCCUCGCCCUCUCCGACAUCAACCUACCCGGAGUUCUCGAAACGCAAUCUCUCUGCGCCAACUCCUCUACGCAUAUCGCUUCCCUCUUGGACGUGAGUUCCUCCUCGGCCAUUUCAGAAUAUUUCACUGGAGAGAUUAUUCCGCAUUUGCAGCUGCAAACCACCUCCACCUCCACCUCCACCUCCAACCCAGAAGGAGAAGGGAAAGGAGAAGAAAAAAGAAAAAGUCUCGAUUACAUUUUCAACUGCGCAGGAAUCAAUCCCACCGCAUACCCUCUGACCACGACAUCCGACACAUACUGGGACAAAUUAAUCAAUACAAAUCUCAAAGGGACAUAUUUGAUUUCUCGCGCUGCAAUUCCCCUUUUGUCCUCCUCCUCCUCGCCAUCAAUCGUCAACGUAAGCAGCACAAUGGGACUCCAAGCCGCACCCGAAUACGCCAUUUACUGCGCGACAAAAUUCGGCAUUGUAGGUUUCACCAAAGCGCUCGCGUUGGAAUUGGGUCCGCAGGGCAUUCGAGUGAAUGCCGUGGCGCCGGGGUAUAUUGAUACGCCGUCGAAUGCGGGCGUGGUGGCCGGGCCAGAGGCGGUGCAGGAGCAGGUGGAUCGCGUGGCGUUGGGGAGGAUGGGGACGGCCGAGGAGGUGGCGGAUGUGGUGGCGUUUUUGUUUUCGGAAGAGUCGAGAUAUAUGACCGGGGCGGUGGUGGAGAUUACGGGUGGAAGGAUGUAAUGUACC